AUGCAGCCUCACGGUCUGGCUAGUCUUCUCUUCUCGAGCUAUAGCCCAUAUGCGCUCCAGCAUCUCCCGCAACCUACCCCAAAUGACCUACCUUCCGGAUGUGAUGGCAACGCUUUUGGAUUCCAGGACGCAUUCGAGGAUCUGUUGGCGGUGAGCAAUGGCCAGCCCUUGCCUGACAUCAACCGACGGUACCAGCAAAAGCUGGCCCUCCGGGAAAUGUUCCCGUCAGGCGAGCCCAUGGGCUAUUGGCAUAGUCGACUUGCUGCAGCUGGCCUGUUGAGUGGCUAUCAGGCCUCGCGUAACCUUGACCAGUUCACCAAGUCGGACUUUGAAGCUUUGCACAGUGAGCUCAGAUCGAAAGCCAAUGAAAUUUGGGGUCGCCGUAUGCGACGUCAAGCUAUUCAGGAGAUGAUCGAGGAUGAUACGCAUGGAGGCCCUCUGCGUGGGGAUAGAACCUGGGCAGCGACGGAACGUCUACAGUCGCAGAGGCAACACGAUGCAGCGCGUGAAAUGCACGGGCAUAGCAACAACACUCACAAGGCUCAACAAGAAGCUUCCACUGCGGAUUCAAAGCCACUGCCUGAAACCGAGCUGGAACUAUCUGAAGCCCUUCAAGGCCUUGCUGAAUCAGGACAGCGAACAUGGGAUGCGUUUGCAAAGUCUUUCGUGAAGCCCUUGCCUCAUAUCCUUGAGGCAUUGUUGGGUCUUGAUGGAAAGGCUGUCGACGAUGCAUCGCGCGUGGGCACCCAGCUUGAGGAAGAAUUUGCAAAAGCCGAAAAGGCAUUCCGCGAUAUCGCACGGCAGCUGGGGUCCCAUAUGCCCACCCCUGAACAGCAGCAGCGCAUGGACGCCACGAGGCGGGUGUCACUGGAUGACUUGCAAGCCCAGACUGAACGAGAGCAGCCAUCGCAAGCCCCGCCAGCACAUGAACACAUCACUGGGCAGUGGAACACCAGGAUUGAAGAGUCAGAAGAUAGGCAUUGCGACCAAUAUGGCUAUAUCCAUUCCAAUGUCAUCCGCAAAGAAGUUGACCAGGACGGGAUGGAGGUGGGACGGACCGAAACAUACGCCAUGUAUCCGGCCCCUGACCGUGUGUCGUUCCCGAGUGAUGAACGCGCGACAUCUCAGAAGACGCAAGACAAGACAGGGUGGUUUUGGAAAUAA